AUGUGGAAGCAGCAGCAGGAGGCGAAUGCUCACGGGUAUCCCCGUCAGUGGCAGCCACUGCUGCACAAACGGCAUGGGCCUGCAGCAGGGCAGGGCUAUGGCCUAACACCCCAUCCAGCCGCAUGGGGUGUGCCGCUCUGCACUGCAACCCAGCCGUCAUGGAAGCACCUGGAGCACUCUGAGACAGAGGAGCUCAUCAAGGUGCAGGUAGGACAUGGGGGCAAAACCUGCAGCGACCUGUUGGCAGGCCUGGGCCCCUAUCUGCGGGAGAACAAGUCCAUCAAGACCUCCUCGAGAACCUCCAAGGGGAUAAGAGACCGCCAGGAGCCGCAGGGAAUUCCCUGGCCAGCCAAGCAAACUGUGGGUCGCAAGCAGCUGUGCACAGAGGAUGAUGAGGCUACGAUGCAUCGUCUACGGAAAAUGAGGGAGGAGCUCCAGGAGACAGAAGACAAAGUCUAUGAUGAGAUGUUUAGAGCCGUCUUUUCCGCACUGGACAAGAAAGAAAGCCCCAUGAGGUCCAGCAGUAUCCUCAGAGAUCCACCGAGCCCCAUCCUGGAGCCUGCUGCAGGCCAUUUGGAGAGGCACAGCGCAUUCUGUGUGACCAACGAUGCUGCAGGAGAGGCACCAAAGCACUCGGAGUUUGUGUCUCUUGACCAUUUGUUGGCCGAGCUGUGCCCUGUCUCUCAGGACUCGCUGUCCAGUGAUGCUCUCGUAAAGGAGCUCGUGGAAAACUGGGAGCAAGAGGAGCUCCCUGACAGAGAAGUGGCAGGAGAGAGGGACAGAGAGCCAGAGAGUGCCUUGUUUCUCCCUCCGCAAGACAAAGAAGGAUGUGUCCGCUGGGACGUGUCAAGUGUCACCCCAGAACUUGCUGAAGGCUCACAGGGGCUCUGCAGCAUUUUGGGCCUGACCAAAGACUCAGUGGGAGAGACAGACACAGAGACGGCACCUCCUGACCGGCUGGCACACCUGCGCUCUGCCUCUGGCCACGAACCCUCCUGCGACGCUCUUCUACACGAGAGCCUGGAAAGCUGGGAGGAAGGAAAGCUCCUUGGCAGAGCAGCAGCAGUAGAGAAGGACAGCGAGCUAGAGAGCCCAUUGUCUCUCCCACCGGAAGAAGAAGACGAAGAGCCAGCACCUUCUUCUCAGGAGAGCAAUCCCUGCGGCAAGGGGCACAGCGAGCCUGUUCCCAGGGCGCUGCCCGAAGAGCCAAAGGGGUUCAGGGUUUGCGCCUCGCCUGCCGAUGCCGCGGAGGAGGCCGGUGCAGCAGGCAUGGAGGCUGGCUGUGCCCGGGCUGCCCCUCCCCAGGAAAAGCCCUGUGGGGAUGAGCCGCCAGCAGGGCCGUGCCCGGUGCCUGCCCAGCCCCUGGCACGCAGCGUUCCAGCCUGCCCCGCUGGCAGCGCAGCCGUCCCGCAGCCCCCGGCCCCACGGCGAUGGCGCUCCAUGGCCAAGAGGGCCCGGCGGGCUCUGCGCCGCCUUUUCUCCUUCAGCUGCCUCUGCGGGCAGCCGGAGCAGUGAGCCCGGGGCCAGCACUGGGACGCUCACCAAAGAUGCCUCAGGGCUCACCCUGGGCACACUGAGCUCCCAGGGGCAGCGGCAGGUCCUGGAGACAGUCGCACCAGGAAGAGUAAAACACCUGAUGCACUGAAUGGAUGGAUGGCGCCCAAGGCAACCACCUCCUAAAGGUAGGUCCUGCUGCCGGCCCCAGCCCCUCACCCCCAAGCCAACAGCAAGGCAGCCUGGUCAGGGACAGCUGGCUAAGCAAGGAUGACAGCUGCCUGGUAGAAUCCCAGAGGAGCUUACUCUAGGCCUCGGCUACUUUUUCCAGGGACAUCCCCACCCUUCCCUCAAGGCUGCAUUAGGAGCUGACAACUUCUACUUGGGCCUCAGCCUUGCAGGAACCUCCGGGACUCCCAGUGCAGAGACAUGCAGGGUCAGGACGGACCGAGAGGAUGCUGCUGGAAUCAAGCAUCUUGGACUGACCUCUGCUUGAUCUCUCCCCUCCCCACCCUACUCUUGCUCUUCCACAUAUCACCCCACCCUCAGUCUUCCGCACAACAUCCUCACUCCUCACCCUCUUUUCUUCCCGCCCCCCUCUGUCCCAUCCCUAUCUCUCUUCCCCACCUAUCUUGUUCAAUAAAAUCCCCAUUGUUAACUUCU